AUGCUUAAUGCCCAUCUAAGACUCUACUUUAGAAACACAGAAGGCGAUGUCAAGAAAGAAACUAUAGACAUUCAAUUAGUUCCAUGUACUUUAGAUCGUUACACGUAAAUAUUUGCAGAAUACCAAAUCAAUUUUACUUAGUAAUUUUAAUAACUUCAUCUGUCAGACUUUUUAUGUCCAAGGUACAUAUAUAUAUAAGUAUGAUAGCAUAAAUACUAACAUCUUGAUAGGAGGUACAUACUCAAGUAAAAUUAAUAUCCUAUAAAAUUAGGCAAUUAAUUUGAUUUCAUAGAACUAUCUAUUACAUAAUGUUAAAAUAGUUCAUAGAAUUUAUGGAACCCAAUAUGUGAUGAUCCUAUUGAUACUAGUUUUAAAGUCAGAUUGUAUACAGUUAAUUAAGUAUCUAAUUUAUUUACGUUAAGAAUAUCAAUCCUUAUAAACCUAAAGAUUCUUAUAUUUAACCCUUUUUAGAUGAUUCUUUAUCAUUUACUUUUAAUUUAAAUUCAACUAAGUUUGCUAACAUUUAUUUUACAAAGUAUGAAUUCCAAAAUGAUGAAAGUCUAUUACCAAUUAGGUAUGUGUAUAUUUGAAAUAAUCAUUUAGUAUGAUUGAAGAAAGGACAUUUUUUGUUUUAGAUUCAUCAGAUAUUCAACAAGAAAUUACUGAGAUCGAAGAAAAUUCAUUAGCAAAAUUGUAAUUAAGAAAAAAACCCUUUAAAACAAAAUUUUUAAGAUAAUAUUAAAAAUUAGAUGAAUUACUAUCUAAUAUAGGUGGAAUUCUCUAAAUAGUGACAUUUUUUAUUGGAUUAUUGGUAACUAUAUAUAAUAGAGUUAAAUGUAUAUAUAUUAAUUAAUAUAGUAGAUAUGGUUGAAUUGUCAAAUAGAAUUUAUGAUUUUAGUAUUGAUGAUUCAUAUUAAAAGAAUAUAUAUUCAGAAAAUUUAUAAAUUUUAGCAGAACAAUAGAAAAAUGAAAGGGUAGGACUUGAUUCAAAGAUAUAGACAUCAAAUUAAAGAAUAAUGACUGAAAAUGAUCAAUGUGAUAAUUGUAUUGAAUCAUUUAGAGAAGAAUAGAAAAAUUUUUAGAAGGAUAGUUUGGCUAUUAGAUUAAGUUUUACAACUGGUUUAGAUUACUUUUCAAAUUAAUUGUAAAAGAUGUUUGAGAAAAAGAAACCAAUACCAUUAGAUUUAUAAAUCUUUUUGAAUUAUAUAACAUGCAAUUUACUAUUUAAAGAUGUUCCAAAAGUUAAAUUAAUGAAUAAAGCUUAGUAAGACAUUAUCUCAAAUAUAGUGAAUAAAUUAUUUCAUAGUCAGAUAUUUAUACAAUAUUGUCUAGAUUGAAUGAAAUUGAUAAAUUGAAAGAGGUAUUAUUAACACCAAAACAAUUGGUUAUGUUUAAUUUCACUCCAAAGAAAUUAAUAACAUUAGAAGAUGAAGAUCUAAAAAUAGAUAGAAAUAUGGUUGAAUCUUAACAUAAAACUUCAAAAGAUAAGUAAUAUUUAUUUAAUAAAAAUAAGAUAGGUUGAAUUUUUAAUAUAUGCUAAAAUGAUGAUGAAGAUGAAAAGAUAAAAUAAAAAAGAAAAGAAUACAGGAUAAAUUAGACCACAUAAAAGAGCAAGUUUUAUUCCAUAACCACUUAAUAAUUAUGUAUAUUAGCAAAUUUAUAGUGUAAGAUAAUUAUUAAAUAGAUUAGGCAUAUGAUGAAAUCUUCAAAAAUAAACAUCAAUAGGAAACUUUAAAUACAUAGUUAAUCUCCAUGUUAGGUCCAGAGAUGGAAUUGAUUUAUAAGGUUGGCAAAAUAAUAGAUUAAAAUGUUAGACCCAUAACAAGGAGUCAUAAGAAACUUAUAUCAUCUGAUAAUUAAUAGAAAGGUCUCAUAAUAGAAGAAGAUAAUCAUAAGGAAGAAUGUAAUGAUUGAG